CACCCUUCAUGAUUACCAAUUUAUUUCUACAAUUUCACAUUCCAUUAUAAAGCAAAGGCCAGGCCACUUCUCUUUCAAUUCAUUCCUUGCGAUUCCUUGUAUCAACUAUGGAAACUUCGACUCCGAUGCAACAUUCCGAAGAUGACAAUGAACAUGUUUUCCUUAGCAAAUACCCACCGGUUUCGGUGCCGGAUAACUUGACAUUGCCGGAAUUUGUUCUCCAGGAUGCCGAGCUAUACGCUGACAAGGUAGCGUUCGUGGAAGCUGUGUUGGGGAAAUCGUAUACGUAUGGCGAAGUGGUUCGGGACACAAGAAGAUUCGCAAAGGCCUUGAGCUCGCUUGGUCUUAGGAAAGGCCAUGUGGUUCUGGUAUUACUACCAAAUAUUGCAGAGUAUGGCAUUGUUGCUCUUGGGAUCAUGGCUGCCGGAGGUGUUUUCUCAGGUGCGAACCCGGCGUCGCACACGGAGGAAAUAAUGAAACAAGCCAAUGCUGCAAACGCUAAGUUGAUAGUGACGAAUGGUCCGAACUAUGAAAAGGUGAAAGAUCUGGAGCAACCUGUCGUUGUACUAGGCGAGGAGCGCAUUGAAGGCGCCACGAAUUGGGACGAUCUGCUGGAAGCCGGGGAUCGUGCAGGUGCAGGCACUCGGUCUACUAAGGAAGAAGUUCUCCAGAGUGAUCUAUGUGCACUUCCAUUCUCAUCAGGCACCACAGGGAUUUCAAAGGGUGUAAUGCUAACCCAUAGGAACUUAGUGGCUAACCUAUGCUCAUCUCUCUUCAGUGUCGGACUGGAUAUGGUUGGUGAAGUCACCACUUUAGGCCUGAUUCCAUUCUUCCACAUUUACGGUAUCACCGGAAUUUGUUGCGCCACGCUUAGGAACAAAGGGAAAGUGGUGGUCAUGAAUAGGUUCGAUCUCCGGACGUUCCUCAACGCAUUGAUCACGCAUGAGAUUACAUUUGCCCCCAUCGUGCCACCGAUAAUUCUUGCCCUGGUUAAGAACCCCAUAGUCGAUGAAUUCGAUCUCAGUAAGCUCAAACUCAGGGCUGUAAUGACUGCAGCAGCGCCAUUAGCUCCCGAGCUUCUCGCUUCAUUCGAAAACAAGUUCCCCGGUGUUCAAGUCCAAGAGGCAUAUGGACUAACUGAGCAUAGCUGCAUCACACUCACCCAUGGAAAUCCCAUGAAAGGUCAUCACACUGCAAAGAAAAACUCAGUUGGGUUUAUCCUUCCUAAUCUCGAGCUAAAGUUCAUCGAUCCAGAUACCAGUAGAUCUCUUCCGAAGAAUACCCCGGGUGAAUUGUGUGUCAGAAGCCAAUGUGUUAUGCAAGGUUACUAUAAGAACAAGGAGGAGACUAAUCGAACCAUUGACGAACAUGGAUGGCUACAUACAGGUGACAUUGCUUAUAUAGAUGAUGAUGGUGAUGUUUUCAUUGUCGAUCGCAUCAAAGAGUUAAUCAAGUACAAGGGUUUUCAAGUAGCUCCGGCGGAGCUAGAGGCCAUCCUUCUUACUCAUUCCUCGGUCGAAGAUGCAGCAGUGGUACCGUUACCUGAUGAAGAAGCAGGGGAAAUCCCAGCGGCAUGCGUCGUAAUGAACCCGAAUGCGAAAGAAACCGAAAGGGACAUCAUGGACUAUGUGGCCUCCAAUGUUGCACACUACAAGAAAGUGAGGGUACUGCAGUUUGUGGACACCAUUCCUAAAUCCCCAUCUGGGAAGAUCAUGAGAAGGCUUUUGAAAGACAAGAUGAUUGAAAAUAUGGCCAGAAACAUUUCCAACACCUAAAUUUAACAUUUGCCUAAAUAAA